AUGGCUACUGCAAACAGAACAAAAUCGCAAUCAUCCUCCGAGUCUGUCAAAUUGUUCAACCGGGCUGCUCAUCUACGGGUGGAAGACCCUGAGGUCAGGAUCUAUUAUGUCGAGGCGCAGCCGCCGCCCGACCAGCAGAAGAAGGGCACGAUUCUACUAAUCCACGGAUUCCCCGAGACCUCAUAUCAAUUCCGCCAUGUUAUGAUUCCCCUAGCGCAAGCAGGGUAUCAUGUCAUUGCUCCAGACAAAACGGGCCAUGGCUUCAGCAGCAAGCCUAUCGGCAACAUCCACCAACAGGACCCCUUCACGAAGAAGUCGCUUGCAGCAGACCUGCAAGAUCUCGUCACCAAGCAUAUCGGUGUCAAGGACAAGAUCCAUCUCGUGGGCCACGAUAUCGGCGGCAUGGUCGCGCACGCGUACGUCUGCCAGUUUCCCGACUCCGUGGCGAGCAUCAACUGGGGUGAAUGCCCAUUGCCCGGCUCGACGAUCUACGAGAAAGAAAAGCACUCACGCAGCUUGUGGCAUUUCGACUUCCAGAGCCACCACCCCGACCUGGCCGUCGCGUUGGUUCAGGGCAAGGAGAGGAUCUACCUCAAGCAUUUCUACGACCGGCUCACGCAGAACCAGAGCGCCUUCACACUGGACGUCGUCGACUUCUAUGUUUUGCAGUACAGCGCCCCUGACGCUUUGCGCUGCGCGUUCCUCACCUAUCGCGCCUUCGAGACCGAUGCCGAGCAUAACCGGAAAUGGAGGGAGGAGUCGGGCAAAGUCAAGGUCAGAUGCAUGACCUUGUCUGGUGGCAGCAGCUUGUUCGUCGACAAGGCCGAAGACAUGGCCAAGGAGUUCUACGAGAACGUCACCGCGGGCGUCGUGCAAGAUGCAGGUCAUUAUCUGGCUGAGGAGAACCCUGGCGGAUUUGUGAGCGAGACAUUGCGAUUCAUCGAAGCGUCUUGA